CUUUGCCACAUCUGUACUGAUUUUAAGGAUUUAUGUGAUUAGAUUGGGCCCACAGAGAUAAUCCAGGAUUAUUUUCCUUUCUUAAAAUCUGUACCCUUAAUUACAUCUGCAAAAAGUCCCCUUUGCCAUGUAAAGUAGCAUAUUCACAGGUUCUAAGGAUUUGGGCAUGGGCAUUUUUUAGAAGGCCAUUCUUCAGUGUAUCAUGGUGAUUAUUCUUCUAGAAUUAUUUUCUGGCAUAUCCCUCCCUUAGGUGAUCUGGAGAGAUAUCUUGCACCAAUAUGGCUUAAUUUAUUUUGGUUAUAAUGUUAAGUUUUAUUUGAACAAUAAAGAUAUUAGCAGUUCUUUUAAAAAGCUAUGAACCAGACCAGAAAGGAGUGACUAUGGAUGUAGAAGAAAGAGCUAAAAUAGAUAAACCAAUAAUAAACCUUAUAAAUAGAAUGAGCAUAGCAAGUAACUGAUACAGGGCAAUGUGAUGUCUCUUUUACCCAGCUUCCAAAGAAUAUAGCGUUGAACAAUUACUGUAUUUAGCAUUAUUUCAAGUAUAGAUGAUUUCCUGAAGGCAUUAGUCUGCUAUUAUACACAAGAUAAUACCCAAUUUUGCAUACUACUGAAUUUGUUUGAAAUUAAAUAUAAUUCUCUUUUCUCUCAAAACUGCCCAACAUCAAAAGAAUCAUAAAUGGGUUUUAUUUUCCAUUUUUAACUUAUCAAACUAGUAAUCUAAAUGAAACUAAAAAUCAAUUCAAUAAUACAGAAUUUUAGAGAAUCUACUAUUUGUUGGAUGUUACGCUAGAUCCAGACAAUACAGUUUACCUUACACUCCUUGACUGCAGGAAACUGGCAGGCAUAUAAACAAAUAAAUUAUAAUACUGUGCAGCAAGGGCAAUAAGAGAAGUGAGCACAGGUGGAAGGAAUGAUUUAUUCUAUGAGUAGUGAGGUAAGAUUUUCCUGGCUGAAGGACAAACAAAUCUUUAGGAGGACAAGGUGGAAGGGGAGCUAAGCCAACAGCAUGACCAAGGCACUAAGUAUGAAAAGGAACAACAGUAUCUGGGGAAGUACAGGUGUAGCUGGAGGAUAGAGAGUGAGAGGCAAGUGGUGAAAGUAAAGGCUGGAAGGUCAGCAGGGUCAGAACCUAUAAUUUCAUUCGGUAUAUUCUGUGAAGAUGUACAGCCAGCAAAAGCUUUUUAAUUCGGGAAAACACGAUUGGACUUGCACUUUCAAAAGAUCACCGUGGUUGCACAGAAGAGACUGACUGGGUCAGAGGUUAGUUACAGGCUGGAAAAUCAGUUUAGAUGAAACUGAAGAGCAAGGAUGAAAGCCUAAACUAGAGCAGUGGAAAUGCGAAUGUGGAGCAGAGGAACGAUUCAAGAAAUUCUGCGGUAAAACUCAUCAGACUUCAUGACUGAUUAAAGGUAUGGUGGUAGACAAGGGAGGGAGAGGAAGGGUAAGAAUGGAGAAGCAGGAAUUGGGCGUUAUUUGAAAAUUUCUGACAUGGGAGGAAAAUCUGGAUAUUUAAUAACAUCUGACUAAAUUAGGGGAUGAAAGAGCAUAAGCGGAGAGGGAAUAGUGGUGCUCUCUCCUUGACCAUACUUUAGUUAGGCUCCUCUGAGCCCUCUUCCCAACUAGGCCUCAUCCUUGGGCCCCUGUCUUAGGCCUGCUGAGUCCAGUUUUAGCAAGAAUUUUGCAGUCAGUUUAGAGAGUAUCUCCUAGCCUUGAUAAUUGAUCAUCUCCGCCUGUCUUCAGCAAGAAUCUUGUAAGUCAGUUUAACAAGAAUAUCCCCGACCCUUGAUAUCACUUCUUAGUAAUUUUCCAUGAACUGACCCCUCAGUCUGCUUGCUGGCUAUAAAUCCUAGCUGUUUUUGUUGUAUUAAAACUUGAGGCCGAUCUCCCUCCCCCAUGGUGAUAGUCAUGGCACCUAUUGCAAUAGUUCUAAAUGUCUUCCUUGCCAUUUUAACAAGUGUCAGAAUAAUUUUUCUUUAGCAACAAGGAGUAAUCUGUCUCAAAAACUAAAGCUCCUUCCACAUGCCUGUAAGGCUUAAUUGGUGCAUACAUCUUUUAACUCUCCUGUAGCUAAAUAACAUGUCUGGCUUAUCCACCGCUGGGGUUUACCAGGCAUUAUGAUGUACAUAAUCCAGACACUGUGUCCCAAGAACAUAGCAAGCUGGCUUUCCCUCCUUGAUUUAAAAAAAUCAAAACAACACAACUAUCAGGGUAACAUCCACUACAUUUGACAGGUCAAAGAAUCCCCUUCCUUAAGGACUUUACAAUAACCUUACAGGGGGCUAAAGCAUACAUACCCAUGGGUAGUGGGUAAGCCUUGAGAGUACAAUAUAAGUCUUGAUAACAUUUUGAGGUUGAUAACUAGUUGAAACUGAUCUGUUUUCCCGACCUCAACGUAAUUGCAAGGUCACUUCAAGAGGGUAAGGGGCUAUUGCAACUACCCAAAUUCGCUAUUGUAGUAUAAAAGCUUUAAUUAACAGCAUGUAUAGGAAUGCAAAGCUAUGUUCUAAUGAAACUUUAAAAAGCAGACACAAAUAUGAAUGUCAUAUAAUUGUCAUGUGUCGCAAAACUUUUUUUUUAACCUUUGAAAAAUGUGAAACCCAUUUUUAGCUCCUAGCUACAUACAGCAGAACCUGCGGUGGGCUGGAUUUGCCCUGAGGGCUGUAGUUUGCCCCAGUGGUACGUAUGAAAUGCCACAAUUUUAAAAAGAUGUGUUACGUGUGGGACCAUUUGUGGGGCGGUUUAUGCUAACUUCCAAUACAGUAAUAUAUGUCAAAUCGCUUUUGAGUGACAUUUAGUCUGGGUGGCCACGCCCAGGAAUGGAUAUAGAGAAAGGGGCGCGGCCGCGCCUCGCACCACCCUCCAAGAGACUGGUAUCGCAGCCCCCAGCUCCGAGGAACUCAGACAGCGCAGGCAGGGGCUUCAGGGACGCGGAGAGGGAGGCUUAUCUGUGGCUGAAAGAGGAGAGCGGCCCGCAAACAAGCAAACCAGGACACUGCUCCGAGGUCCCGCCCAGGAAGGCAAAACGAAGUCCCACCGCUCUCACACCCGGGAAACAACCAAGGCACAGAACGCCCCACCGGCAAGCCACGCCUCGCGCAUCACGCACGCACGCACGCACGCACGCACACACGUCUGUCGCGGCUUCCCGCCUUGCGCUCCGUCAUGCUCUAUUGCGCAUACCUCGGGGCGAGGGAGGAACGGAGAUUGACAAGGAGGCAGAGGCCUGAGCGAGGCGGAAAAUCCUCACCCCGGCCAGCGGGUAGACCCAAACUUCUAGUGCGUCACUUCCGCUGGGGGCGGAGCGGGGCGGGGCUGAGUGGGUGGCGACCCAGCUGCUGCGCCAGUGUUUGUGUUGGAAGCUCAGCUGAUGCAGGCCGGUUGGAGUGGACGUCAUUGCCGGGAACGAGCGAGUCGCCGCUGCAGCCCUAGUGACUGCGGCCUGCAUCCCGGUAAGACCAUGAAUUAUGGCAUUUCUUAAAUGAAGCAUUCAAGAAGUGAGAGAAUGUCAUAGAAAAUAAAUGAUUUUUAAGUUAUGUCUAUUAAUCUGACUGUAGAUAUAUAUAUUUACCUCCUUAGUAAUGCAAGAAGUGUUUGUGGGAAGCAGAGAAGCAAGCAACUGUAUUUCUUGUUCUCACCUAAGCAUUACUGGAGGUUAAGCCACAUCAGUCUACAAAGAGGUUUUCAUACAAACAUAAUAAGAUGUAAAUGGACCAAAAGUGAAGCACAUUCUUGCAGUAAGCACUGUUACUCUCCAAGCAACCAUGGUUUACAUAUUGGGAUUUUGAAACUUAGCACUUCUGCUCCCAAGGGACUUACAAAAGUGAACAUUUGUAUGUCCCGUAUUAAAAAUACUUUGAACUCUGUUUCAAAGGCUGUUUUUGGCAAUCAAAAUGAAAUGAUUUCACGUUUAGCUCAAUUUAAGCCAAGUUCCCAAAUUUUAAGAAAAGUAUCGGAUAGUGGCUGGUUAAAACAGAAAAACAUCAAACAAGCCAUCAAAUCUCUGAAAAAAUAUAGUGACAAAUCAGCAGAAAAGAGUCCUUUUCCAGAAGAGAAAAGUCACAUUAUAGACAAAGAAGAAGAUAUAGGUAAACGCAGUCUUUUUCAUUACACAAGUUCUAUAACCACAAAAUUUGGAGACUCAUUCUACUUUUUAUCCAAUCAUAUUAAUUCAUAUUUCAAACGUAAGGAAAAAAUGUCUCAACAAAAGAAAAAUGAACAUUUCCGGGACAAAUCAGAACUUGAAGAUAAAAAGGUAGAAGAGGGGAAAUUAAGAUCUCCAGAUCCUGGCAUCCUGGCUUGUAAGCCAGGCUCAGAAUCUGUACAUACUGUGGACAAGCCUACAAGUCCUUCUGCGAUACCUGAUGUUCUUCAAGUUUCAACUAAACAAAGUAUUGCUAACUUUCUUUCUCGUCCCACGGAAGGUGUACAAGCUUUAGUAGGUGGUUAUAUUGGUGGACUUGUCCCCAAAUUAAAGUAUGAUUCAAAGAGUCAGUCAGAAGAACAGGAAGAGCCUGCUAAAACUGAUCAGGCUGUCAGCAAAGACAGAAAUGCAGAGGAGAAAAAGCGUUUAUCUCUUCAGCGAGAAAAGAUUAUCGCAAGGGUGAGUAUUGAUAACAGGACCCGGGCAUUAGUUCAGGCAUUAAGAAGAACAACUGACCCAAAGCUCUGCAUUACUAGGGUUGAAGAACUGACUUUUCAUCUUCUAGAAUUUCCUGAAGGAAAAGGAGUGGCUGUCAAGGAAAGAAUUAUUCCAUAUUUAUUACGACUGAGACAAAUUAAGGAUGAAACUCUUCAGGCUGCAGUUAGAGAAAUUUUGGCCCUAAUUGGCUAUGUGGAUCCAGUGAAAGGGAGAGGAAUCCGAAUUCUCUCAAUUGAUGGUGGAGGAACAAGGGGCGUGGUUGCUCUCCAGACCCUACGAAAAUUAGUUGAACUUACUCAGAAGCCAGUUCAUCAGCUCUUUGAUUACAUUUGUGGCGUAAGCACAGGUGCCAUAUUAGCUUUCAUGUUGGGGUUGUUUCAUAUGCCCUUGGAUGAAUGUGAGGAACUUUAUCGAAAAUUAGGAUCAGAUGUAUUUUCACAAAAUGUCAUUGUUGGAACAGUCAAAAUGAGUUGGAGCCAUGCAUUUUAUGACAGUCAAACAUGGGAAAACAUUCUUAAGGAUAGGAUGGGAUCUGCACUGAUGAUUGAAACAGCAAGAAACCCCACAUGUCCUAAGGUAGCUGCUGUAAGUACCAUAGUAAAUAGAGGGAUAACACCCAAAGCUUUUGUGUUCAGAAACUAUGGUCAUUUUCCUGGAAUCAACUCUCAUUAUUUGGGAGGCUGUCAGUAUAAAAUGUGGCAGGCCAUUAGAGCCUCAUCUGCUGCUCCAGGCUACUUUGCAGAAUAUGCAUUGGGAAAUGAUCUUCAUCAAGAUGGAGGUUUGCUUCUGAAUAACCCUUCAGCAUUAGCUAUGCAUGAGUGUAAGUGUCUUUGGCCAGAUGUGCCGUUAGAGUGCAUAGUAUCCCUGGGCACUGGACGUUAUGAGAGUGAUGUGAGAAACACGGUAACAUACACAAGCUUGAAAACUAAACUUUCUAAUGUUAUCAACAGUGCUACAGAUACAGAAGAAGUCCAUAUAAUGCUUGAUGGCCUGUUACCUCCUGACACCUAUUUUAGAUUCAAUCCUGUAAUGUGUGAAAACAUACCUCUAGAUGAAAGUCGAAAUGAAAAGCUGGAUCAGCUGCAGUUGGAAGGGUUGAAAUACAUAGAAAGAAAUGAACAAAAAAUGAAAAAAGUUGCAAAAAUAUUAAGUCAAGAAAAAACAACUCUGCAGAAAAUUAAUGAUUGGAUAAAAUUAAAAACUGAUAUGUAUGAAGGACUUCCAUUCUUUUCAAAAUUGUGAUGAGUAUAUGCUUAUGUUCUCAUAAAUGAGGGCCUGUUUAGAAGAUCAACCACAUGCAGUAAGGAAUUGUGGGGUUCGACAUGAGUUGACUUUGAAAUACUUACGAAUUCUGGAGAAUCCUGAAAAAGACGGUGCUUCGACCAGCUUGCAUAGCACAGAGAAUAUUCUUGGUUACAGAAUUCAUAUGGGAACUAGGCUUUUAAGAUGUUAAUAAUUAACUAAGCUUUAGUAACCCUUACUGUGCUAGUAGAUUUUAGUAGAUAUUGGUGUUAUAUUGUUUGAUGUUUGAAAAUAUAUUAAUAUAUGUGCCGAACAAGAAACCGAAAGCUAUAUUGUACUGUGUAUUUUUACUUUAGUCCUCAUAAUCAUGUUGAAUUUAUGUGAUCAUUGAUUUUAUUUCAUAUGGAAAAGCUAAUUUCUUCUUAAAUUUACAUUACCUAAUAUUCUCACUAGCUACGUUGUCCAAUCCACACUGCCUUUUAUUGUAAUAUCAUCUAAAUAGAUGCAGAAAAAUGGAAUUUUCUCUAUUAAAGUAUUUUACAUUUGACAUAAAAAAGAACCAGAUACAGUUUUCUAUUCAAAUAUGUUUAUUUUAACAUUGUUUGGUUAAAAAAGGUGAAGUUCCAGUCAACCACUUUUUACCCCUGAAAUUUCAAGAUAAUGCUAUAUUAACUUUUCCAGAUCUAACACUAGCUUAUUCUUCCCUGUUAUAAAAUGGUUUGAACUUACUGAGGAGAUAUUCCUAUCAUUAACAAAAAUAAACUAUUUAAAUAA